AUGACAAAGCUGUCUCCAUCAAGCCUUAUCAUCGACCACCACCAGGCUGCCGAAGACGAGUUUCCGUCUGGUUCUCAGCAUGUCACUGCCUGCAACUUCCCGCCUAUAUCUACAUCUGCCCUGCUAACCUACCUCAUAUGCCAUCCUCUUCACCCUGCCAUUGAACAGCAGUGCGCGUGGCUGGCCGUUCUUGGUACGCAUGGAGAUUUGGGCACAAACUUCAAGUGGCAACCGCCCUUUCCCGAUAUGGGUGUCGUGCUCAAGAAGUACACGCGCAAAAGGAUCAACGACGCAGUCUCUCUUAUCAACGCACCGCGCCGCACAGCCACAUAUAACGUCCAUGCCGCAUGGGAGGCACUGACGGAGGCCGUCAGCCCGGUCGAUCUGCUCGCUAACAAGGCGCUCUUGGCGGCAAGGGUAGAGGUCAACGCCGAGGUGGAACGGUGCACACACGUCCCGCCCAAAUUUUCGAGCGAUGGGCGCGUGGCGGUUUUGAGAAUGAAUAGCAAGGCACAGGUGCAUCCGGUCAUUGCGACGAGGUGGGCGGGACACUUGAAGAGUGCUAGGCUUGAGGUGGUGAUGGCUGCUAACGAGGGGUAUCUGGAAGGGAAUGUGAACUUUUCGUGCAGGGUGGCCAAGUGUGCAAAGGAAAGGAGUGGCGGAAGGGGGGAGGUGAACAUCAUUGAGCUGUUAAACGGCAUCGUAAAAACGGCCGGGGAUUCGAGUCUGAGGCAUAGACUUGGAGAUUCUUUUGCGAGAGGACAUAAGGAGGCUAGCGGGGGAAUUGUACCCACGAAGGAGUUCGAGGAGCUAAUGGCAUUGAUGGAGGUUGGCGCGGGAAGUAGGAAGAAAAAGGACCUGGCGACACCGGAAAAGAGAAAGGAAAAUACUAUCACGAAUUAUUUCCUCAAAAAAGCUGGUCCUUAA